UAGCAUACAACAGUCGUCGCAGGCGCGUAUCUUGAAUGGUGUCUGUGUUACAGCAGGGAAAACCCCGUCGCCGUUUCGUGUGCAGUUCGUGUUGGUUAAGGAACAAAAAAAAAUAAAGGAUUCUUCAAAGAUUUCCCAAGCGUAACGCGGGAAAAAAGGACAAUUUUCUCUCACGCAAAGAGAACAAAUGUGGGCAAGUGAGAAAACAAAGCGACAAACUAGCAAGCAAUCGAUUUGGUAUUUUUGUUUACGAGUACCUUGUGGGGGCCAGUAGGAAACGGAUUUGCGAACUACAAAACGACAGAAAAAAAAAAUUCAAGUGUUAGAAAAAGCGAAACGUGAAGACGAACAUCGUGUCGACCGAAAGUUGUGAAUUCUGUGACGAUCCGUUCAAUUUUCCGAGCAACCGUAUGUGCGAUAGUCAAUAUUUGCUAAUGGAAAAAUAGGAUGCACGGACGGAAAAAUAAGUUUAGGGCCGCAAAGUGAGAGCAAACAGAAUGGGUAAAAUUGUGCCCGCCGUCAGCCAGCCAGCCAGUGAGUGAAUGAGUGAAAAUAAAACGUUCGGAAGCCAACAGGGCCGGUGGCGUGCUGUAGUGAUUCGCGGAAAUAAGGAAAAGUUAGACAUAACCUACAGAUUUUGAAGGUGAAAAUUCUGCCGCACGCGGGAACGUGGAGAAACACAGCCAGUUGAAGUUUUACAGUCGUGGCAUGACUUGUCGGUCGGGGAUUCGGUGCCAACUUCCGUGCCGCCAGGGAGAACUGAAAUGGAAAAUGGGGAGCGCGGAAAAAAUCUCGUCGUGAAAAGUUGAAGUGUGUGACUGUGGCGAGCAAAAAGCGUCGAAAUGGAAAAUCAGAAUACCAAGAGCUUCACGAAAUUUGUGUGAUAUUGAAAAGUUUUACACUCUCAACCCGUGUGGCUGGCAAGACUAGCAAGUGUUGCUGCUGUUAUUGGUAGUGUUAGUAACUUGCUGGUGGUGAAACGUACCUUGUGUGUUGAUAAAAAAAAGAAGGAAAAUUCAGCAAGGAAAACAGUGCGAAUUGAAACAGUGCCAAAAUGAUAUCUCUUGGGUAAAAGGAAAAGAAAAAAGCCGCAAAGAAACCGUGCCAAAACGAAUCGAAACACGAGCAAAUCGCAGUGCGAAUAGUGACGUGACGACCAACCGAAAGGUGGAGUGUGUGUGUUUUGGGGAGAGUGUGUGGAUUGCGGGAAAAAUCAAAUACCGUCCGGGAAAAUUAAGUUACACUCUGGGCUGCAUUCCUCGAGUAGCUGCUACUACUACAUACUACUGCUCGUCUGCCGAACGGAAGCUGCCGAAGCGAGCUGAAGAAAAUAAUUGGAUAAUUAGAUUCGGUACGCGGGAAUCGAUCGGCAGCACUGCCCGAUUGGUUUUGUUUUGUGACGGACAAUUAUCGAAACGAUAAGAAUAUUGGCAGUUUUCAUCUCACUUCACUCAAGAACUUUAAUCAGUAAAGGCGAUUCAAGUGAUGCUGUAGUACAGUGCUGCGCUGCGAGUCAUCCGCUAGUGAAAGUGCAAUGCUUCAGGGUCGGUAGCAGCUAAGCAUAUUUGCACCAGAUAACAAACACAUAUCUAUUAACACACUGCAUUAGCUCACAACACGCACAUUCGAGUUGUGGAUUCGAAAGUCUUGAACCACAGUCGAUUCUUUCUCAACGAAAUGAGGAAAAGCAUAACGAUUCAGCACCUAGUGCUAGUGGUGCUGGCUGCACUGUUUUCGGCCUGUCGAGCUGCCAAGGUAGUCCACACUGGCAGCCAGCGAUUCGCCAUGGAACCUCAAGAUCAAACAGCAAUCGUGGGCUCCAAAGUGACUCUGCCCUGUCGAGUCGAGUCCAAGGUUGGUCAGCUGCAGUGGACCAAGGACGAUUUCGGGCUCGGCUGGCAUCGCAAUCUCAGCGGCUUCGAGCGCUACUCGAUGGUAGGAAGCGACGAGGAGGGUGACUACUCGCUGGAAAUCUACCCGGUUAUGCUGGACGACGAGGCACGCUACCAGUGCCAAGUCAGCCCCGGAAAAGAUGGUACGCCCGGCAUUCGGUCACGCUUCGCCACCCUAACAGUAUUGGUUCCUCCGGAACCCCCGAAAAUUAUUCAAGGGGACUUCCUCGUAACGACCGAAGAUCGAGAGAUCGAGCUGGAGUGCGUUUCGGUUGGCGGUAAACCCGCUGCUGAGAUCACCUGGAUCGACGGUCUCGGUAACGUUAUGGGCAAGGGUAUCGAAUACGUGAAGGAACCGCUGACCGAUACCGGUCGUUAUACGGCCAAAUCGAUUCUCAAGUUGACACCGAAAAAGGAGCACCACAACACUUCGUUCACCUGCCAGGCCCAGAAUACGGCUGAUCGAACUUAUCGGUCGGUGAAGUUGAAGCUCGAAGUCAAGUAUGCCCCGAAAGUGAGCGUCUCUGUCGUCGGUGGUGCCCUCGCCGGUGGUAGAAUCUCGGAAGGUGCCGAGGUUCGUCUGUCCUGCCGUGCGGACGCCAAUCCGAACGACGUCAGCUAUCGCUGGUACAUCGGUGACGAGCUUGUCGUUGGUGACUACACAACAGAAAUGAUCAUUCAUAAUGUAUCGAAAAAGUUCCACGACGCCGUCGUGAAGUGCGAGGUGCACAACGCGGUCGGUAAAAGCGAAGAAAGCGAGAUCCUAGACAUCAGCUACGGUCCCACGUUCCGGUCUAGACCAAAGUCGGUGGAGGCCGACAUGGAUCGCUCGGUUACGUUAUCGUGUGAUGUCGACGGAAACCCUCCCCCGGAGAUCAUCUGGAUUCACGAAGAGUCCAAUCGGGUUGUGUCGACUUCAGCGAACAUCACAAUCAUCGCCUCGCGUGAAACCACUGGAAGCUACUACUGUAAGGCCAGCGUAAUGGGAUUCCCAGAGAUCGAAGCCGUGUCCUCAUUGUACCUGAAGGGACCCCCUCAGAUCCGCUCCCAGCGGCAGCAGUACGGCGUCGUGAAUGACAACUCCCAGAUCCAGUGCGAAGCCGUGUCGGUUCCGAAAGCGAAGCAGAUCAUCUGGACCUACAACGGGUUGGAGAUCAACAACGAAAAUGACUACACGAUCCUCGAGAAUCACCAGCCGGAAGGCGUCCGUUCGACACUGAUCAUAAACAACAGCCAGAAGCAACAUUUUGGGGUAUAUAAUUGUACGGUGAUCAAUGAGUAUGGGAUGGAUUCGGUGGAGAUUGAGUUCAAGGUCUCCAAAGAUACGAUUCUACUGCCAGUAAUAAUCUUCGGUUCUAUUGGAGGCUUCAUUUUGGUGAUCAUUAUGAUCAUCUUGGGGAUGUGCUUUUGUGUACGAAAAAGCAAGAAGAAGCUUCCGCCAGCCGAUGUAAUACCUGAGCAACAUUACAUCACGGAAAAAGCCUGCAAAGAAAGUGACCGAUCCUCGAACGUGAGCGAUUUGAAGAUCGAUCGCGAUCACGAAUACUCGGAAACCUGCUCGGGAACGGACAGCAUAGCAACGCGACUGGCGAUGAAUAUCUUGGGUUCCUCGAGCGGCAGCAACAACAGUGGCAACGGAAACAUGGUCAAUGGCGUUAGCAGCGGAGGCGGAGGAGUCCCAUUGGCGGGUCCAGUGCGAAUCCCUAGCGAUUAUCGGGUUUCUUUCUAUGUUCCUAGAUACUCGGGUGACUUCACAGACGGUCUCGGUCAGCUGCAAGCCAAAAUCGGUCAAAGUAACGGAGGUUACGUCCCGUACGUAGACUACGCGCAUGACUACAACAUGCCGCUGCAUGUCAACACCAACGGUCAGCUGCCGAAUGGAAACCUCAGUCUAACGCGGAAUCGUGCCGAGCUGAGGCAAGAUAACGGACUUCCCAACAUCGGCAGUGGAAUGGGAACGCUGUCCAACAGCCUCAUGAACACAUCGCUGAUGACCGCUCCGAGCAUAGAUCCGCGAUACAGCGCCACCUACGGCAAUCCGUAUCUGCGAAGCAGCACCACCCAGUUGCCGCCUCUUCCCCCGCCGAGUACGGCAAAUCCGGCCGUAACUCCCGCCCCGCCACCGUACAGUGUCGGUCGCGGUCAGAACUCCCUCCUCUCGAUGGGCGUCAAUCUGGGAGUCGGCAAUGGGCUCAACAGCGGCAGUAUUGUCGGCAUUACUUCCGGCUUGACUAGCCCGGAAUCGAUCCGGUCGUCCUCUGGUGCCAAUACCAGCAUGGAUCAGACGUCCCAGCAGAGUCAGCCAACACCCACGCUUCCGGUCGCCGGAGCGAGUCCAUGUCCGGGUCAAUUCAUUCUUCCAGCGAACGGGGAUCUGCGGAAAGGAGCCCUGGCGACACACGUCUAGCGUAAGCGUCCUCAUAUCCGGUUGUUAUCAACUGCCCACGCGGCUUAGGUGUUUGUAAGCAGCUUUAUUCGUAGCCCCAUUGCAGGGAUAGCUUAAUCCAACGACAAACCGUGCGCCCACUGAAUUGUACUGACUCGUAAUGUGAAAAUGUGAUAACAAUAUUUAUUUCCGCUGCUGUUUAGCAUGUCGUAAGCUGCACAGUUCAAUUCAGUACGCACCACGUUGUGCGGUAAAAAAAAUACACGCUCCUCUACAUAAUCAAGGAUCUCCUCAUAUACUGCAGCCUCUCCCACCACCCACUCGUAUGUGUUCAGUAGCGCUUUUCCUGACGCCUUGAAACAUCCAAUUGGCCACUCUCGACCCCACCACCUCUUUCUCACUCUCUCACUCUUCCCCCCAAUUGCGUCACCCUCCAACCUUCCCCCCCACGUCAACAACAAUCUUCUACAACAUGUAUAAGAGACGAAAAAUGCGUGGCCUUAUUAGUCGAAACUAAACAAGAAAAAAAAGAAACAAGAUAAAACCAGUUGAGAAAAAAAAUCAGAAGUUGAAAUUGGAUAGUGUUUUUCCUUUUAAACUUGUUCUUAGCGAAGUCUAUUAUAAUCGAAAAUUCGAAAUUUUAUCGUAGCUUAACGGAAAUUCGGCUUGAGCUUUAACAAAAAAAAAACCUUUUACGUAGAGAUCAAUGGACACAAACUGUAUAUCGCUGUGUAACUAGAGAAAAUCGAACAAAAAAAUCUGUAACACCUUUAGCAAUAAACAGAACACAGACAAGAAUAUAAUUCCCAACUAUAUAGGGCCGAGAUUUAAGCAUAGCAGAAAAAUCCUGUCUAAGCGCGUGUGUGUGUUUUUACUCUGUUGCCUGAUAGUAUCGUUAUUUUAACAAACGAAAAAAAAAAACUCCUGUAAAAGAAACGAAACGUAAAAAAAACGAGUUGCAUUUGUGGUUUGAGCUUUUAAAAGUUUUGCUGAAGCGAAAAAUUGAAAGGGAAUUUAGCGUGCGGAGAAAGAAAAGUUUCUGCGCCAGACUCCACGCCGAAGCAAAAGAUGCAAGGACGAGAUUUCAUAUACGUAUUAAGUUUUUGCCAAUAACCCACUCCCACUGUACACAGCACACACACACAAUAGAUAGAUCCUUUUGAAAUGAAACGGCUCCCACUUCUGUGCUGGAGCAGACAGACGACAGCGGAAAGACGCGACGAGACGCAACGCAACAACCAGUGUGCCAAGGAUUAGACGAAAACAACUUGUGUCUCCCAGCAAAAACCCAGAAUAGAGAGCAUCGCUCAGGUACAAUGCAAUCGUUAGGCGGGCGUUUGUUGUUGUUGUUGUUGUUGUUGUUGCCAAUGAUGAUAAUGAUGAUGCUGUUUAUCAGCGAACGUCUCGUUCAAGAGCAGGACAAAAAAAACAUCGUGAAAUUGAAGCUAGCAUUACAAAGAUGAUCGUGCAUUAGCAGAACUGCGAGUGUGUUGUAAUAUACCAAAUUACUUUUUUGAUUAUCCUUUAAGUUUUAGCAGAAAAAAGCAAACAAGCGAAGGGCAAAUUUUACGAGAUAUUAUCUUAUAAGAAAAAUUAAUGCAAAGAUCCCCCUCGACUGAUAAGUAGUUAUUCUUUGCUGGAAUAUAUAUAUAUACAUAGCUAGUGGUUUUAGGUACUUAGUUAAAAUAUUAUACAGUUUUCGCUGAUCAAAAGGCGUAGUGCUGAAAGUGCAGCAAAGAAUAUAUGUAUGCAAAAUUUCGACGGAAUUUAAAGGAAUUGUACAUAAUGAGAUUUAUUGCCGGAAAACGAAAAAUGCAUAUAUAUUACAAUUAGUGAUCUGAGAUACUUUUAGAUAGUGCAAGUAAACGAAUCUUUGUAAAAAUAAAACGAACAUAUAUUUCAUUGGACUUGUAAAACCUGUCAAUUGUAUAUAACAAAGAAAAAUCUCUCUAUAGGCCAUAAGGAUUUGAAGUCAAUUGAUUCUCAUAUAGGUAAAAUGGAAAAUAAACGAAACGCUGAUUUUGACGAAUAAUAAA